AUGGAUAAUGAACGUAAAAUGAUAAUUCUAACAUCAAACGAAGAUUUAAUUAAUCGAAUUCGAGAUACACAUACAAUUGAUUUCAAUUAUCUUAAUAAUUUAUCUCAACUUGUUUGUAUUUAUUUUUCUUUUCGUUUUCUUAAUAGAAUUCAAAAAUUAUAUGAAAAACUUAUUGAUUCAUCAGUUAAAAAUUCAAAUAAAUUAAAUGAUCGUAUUUGUAGUAAUGUUGCUACUGGAUAUAAUUAUGAUGUAUUUUCUUGUGCAUCAUGUAGAAUACUUUUUUAUCGAAAUCAAAAUCAAAGAAAUAAAUUAAAAUGUUUAUCACGUCAAGGUCAAUGUUCAGCAGAUUAUAAACAUACUCGAAAAUGUCCAUGA